AUGGGCUAUCAAUCAGUCGUCGUGCGGUUACGAGUCGAGAUGCGAAUUGUUGUGUUACUGUGUGCUAUCUUUGGCUUCGGGAGUUCAAAAUAUGUAUCUAAAACGUCGAAGGUAUGUUUUGAUAAGCACUUCAUGUUUGGCGUAGCAACUGCGUCAUAUCAAAUCGAAGGAGCAUGGAAUAUAUCAGGUAAAGGAGAAAGUAUAUGGGAUAGGUAUACUCACGAGCGGACGGAUAGGAUAUUUGAUCAUAAAAAUGGCGACGUCGCUGCCGAUUCUUACCAUUUAUUUAAGGAAGACGUGAAGCGUUUAGUUGAAUUAAAUGUGCAAUUCUAUAGAUUUUCAAUAUCCUGGCCGAGGAUUCUUCCAAAUGGGUUAAGCAAUGAAAUAAACCAAGAUGGGAUAAGAUAUUACACUGAACUAUUAGAUGAACUGCUCCGUCACAACAUACGACCUGUCGUUACCAUGUACCAUUGGGAUCUACCACAAGUUCUCCAAGACCUUGGCGGUUGGACCAAUCCAAUAAUUGCUGAUUAUUUUGUGGAUUAUGCUAGAGUUUUAUUUAAACAUUUCGGUUCAAAAGUACCAACUUGGCUAACUUUCAACGAGCCCUUAUCUUUUUGCGAAGAUGGUUACGGCGGGACAGACGCACCCGGGAACAAAGCUAGUGGGUUCGAAGAUUAUUUGUGCGGUCAUAACGUGUUGCGAGCUCAUGGUAUGGUGUACCGGAUGUAUAAUAAAGAAUAUAGACGGCGAUUGAAAGCUGACCUUGGAAUCACUUUAGAUUUCUCAUGGUUAGAGCCAAAUACUACAUCGGAGGAUGACCGAAUAGCCGCUGAAACCGCUAGGCAGUUUCAUUUUGGUUGGUUUGCACAUCCAAUAUUUUCAAAUACUGGGGACUAUCCUUAUAUCAUGCGUAAAAGAAUAGAUGCUAUAUCCAAAAGACAACGAUACACUCGCUCAAGGCUGCCAACAUUCACUCAAAAGGAAGUCGAAAUGAUUAAGGGAUCAGCCGAUUUCUUGGGUCUUAAUCAUUACACAACGUAUUUAGUGUCUAAAAAUAGAGGCAAAAUACCACUCUUUCCCUCCUUUUCUUCGGAUAUGGGAGGUAUAAUAUCCCAAAAGGCGGAAUGGCCGAAGACGAACUCUUCAUGGUUAAAGGUAGUUCCAUGGGGUUUUAGGAAAUCACUUAAUUGGCUGAAGAAAGCAUAUGAUAACCCACUAGUGGUCAUAACUGAGAAUGGAAUGUCCCUAGAAAAGGGCCUGGAAGAUAUACGACGAAUAAAAUAUAUUGAAGGGUACCUCAAAGCGUUACACGCAGCGAUAUAUAAAGACAAUUGCAAUGUCUAUGGAUACACGUAUUGGAGUCUCAUUGAUAAUUUUGAAUGGACGAGAGGAUUUUCUGAACGUUUCGGUUUAUACGAAGUGGAUUACAACUCACCAAAUAAGACCCGUUACAGAAGAAUGUCAGCAGAAUAUUACAGCAUGCUCAGUCGUACUAAAUGUAUACCUACAUUCGAUUAUAUUGAC